ACGACUCUGGGGCUGGGUCGAGCAGGCGAGACGCCACUUUGGGUCCUACCUCACCUUUGCUUCGCCGCCGCCGCCAAGCCCUUUGAACACCGACAAGCUUCGAGCUCACACCAACAAGCUUCGAGCUCACACCAACAAGCUUCGAGCUCACACCAACAAGCUUCGAGCUCACAAGUCAACACCACCACCAUCAACACCCCCAACACCACGACCACCAACCGGUCUUGUCAUUGUCAUUGUGAUUCUUGCUUUGGAUUUAGCGCGGCGUUCACGGUCACGGCGUGAUGGGGAGUAGUUGGUUACUUUUGUGUCCUUGGCACUGUGCGCUUGCACUUUUAUUGAUCAAACUGCUGUCCGUUUCUCAUCAGCACGGGGUAGACUAGACGAAACGGCUUUCCCGCUUCCAAAAAUGCCAUGUCGUUCUGUCCUUGCCUUGUGCUGUCUUCUUCAAUACGCCUUCCGCCACUGUCGGCUCCUGCCCCAUGGCCAACCUACGUACCUCUUCUUUUUUUUUUUGAAAAUACUCCGCGCCACCACCAUCACAUCGCCUCCCCGGACGCCCACUGCAAUGGCUUCCGCAUCCAUCUCCCCGAUACGACACCCGCGCCUCACCCCGCGCGACCGCUUUCUCACGGCACACAUCCACAUCGCCACGCUCACGUUCAUCGCCGCGCUGCUGCUCACGCUCAUGCUGCUCUGGCACGUCGGCACCGUCGCGCUGGUGCAGGACUAUGAGAUGCCGGGGUGGUGGGCACGUGGUUUUGUGAGGGAGAUGAAGAGGGGGUGGCGCACGGCUGUGUGGGUUGGUGUGUUGGGGAUGGUGCCGCUGGAUUGUGUGGUGGCGGUUGUGGUGUUGGAUGGGUGGUGGUGUGUGAGAGAGGGGAUCGAGACGGAUCCAUCACCUGCCACCACGGUACCGUCCACGCCGUCCACGUACCGUUCCCUCCUGCACCACCGCCUGUCGCCCCGGACUAUCCACAUCCUCCUCGGCGUCCUGGACAUCCUAAUGCUCGCCGUUCUCACCAGCCACAUUGCCUCCUACAUCCUCAGCCUCCCGCAGUACCUCUCCCACUGCCGCGGCUUCGCAGUCGACACCGCACCACCCCUGGAGUUUGGAGCGGCCAAAGUGCCCCUCAGCGUGCGAGACAACUGCGUCAAGCUCAACGUCGACAUCCACGUCGCGGGCGGGUUUUCAACUUUCAUGGCAAUCGCGCUGGGCUUGCUCCACGGCGCUGCGCUGCUGGUGCGCGGAUGGGAGCGCGUGCAAUUGGGCGAGCAAGGCGUCUUGGGCAAGGCAUGCGUGCACCACGGUCCAUCGGUAAUCUCAAUCUCUCAGUGCAGCCGUGAUACAGCGUCGGCACGCCCUGGUUUGGAAGAUCCUGAGACGAAAGCAAACUCGGCUAGAUCUACCUUCUCUCAGCCAAGAGAUGAGGCGUCGAACACACACAGCGCUGCGGCUUCCCUCGCUUCUCCGCGCGAGCACACCUCCGUCGGCGCGGAGGAACGCGGCUCCGGCGUCGGAAGCACGGUGAGACGACGCGAGCGGUGCACUGAGGUGAGCGAGACGGCGAAGGAGGGGAAGUGGGAUGAGGUGUUGUUGGGGUGUCUGAUUGAUGGGUGAGUGAUGGUGGAGUGUCUGAUUGAUGGCCGAGUGGUGAGGGGAGUGUCUGAUUGAUGGCCGAGUGGUGAGGGGAGUGUCUGAUUGAUGGGUGAGUGAUGGUGGAGUGUCUGAUUGAUGGCCGAGUGGUGGCGCGUUGUGGGUUUCGCUAUUAUACCUCUGUGGGACUGGGGAGUAUUGUUGAAUGAACUGUGCUUGGGCUUUUUGCUCCACGAGAUUACGUCGAAUAUCUCCCGUUGUGUGGUGUCCGACUUGAGUCCACCACCUUGGAUAUCUGGAUUCGACAUGGGCCGUCGCCGCCCCCAUGCAACCGCCGGUACUGACAAGCAUGACACUAUACAAUACAGUGUGUAGAUCUGAGGUGUCUGGUGGAUUAACAAGAAGACCAACUCCUAUGAGAGUAUUGUCUCUAAAUACAUAUAGUUAUGUAGGUAAAUAAAAAAAAAUCC